AUGAAAGAUUAUGAUAUUUUUGUAAUGAUUGUGCGUUGGAGAUUUACGGUUAAUUUUCAUCGGAAUUCUUUUCUUUUAUUAAACUUAAGAGAGGAGAAAAAUAUAUCAUUUAAAGAAGAGUAUAUAGUUUUUUUUUCCUCUAUGUCUUGCAUUGAUUCUUUAUUGGGGCAUCCUAGAUCAUAUUAUGAUUUAAAAAUGUUGCCGGGUUCUUCUGGUGAUAAUAUGCCUUUUAGUUCUCAGUUUGAUGAUAUUGAAAAGGCAAUAGAAAAUUUAGUUAAAUGUGGGAAACCGUUUUUUUGGAAAAGUCCUUUGUUAUCAGUAACACGUCCUUACUAUGAAUAUGAUUAUCGUUCAUAUCCUUUGCUCGGUCGGCAUUCUAAUGCUUAUGAAUCAGACCACAUGCGUUCUCGUUCUGCUAUAAGUGCUUAUUAUCCAAAUCAGUAUUAUUAUACUCAAAGGUCUAUUGGCCAUCCUGAGCAAUUUCCGUUGUCUCGUCGGAGAAAUAAGUCCAAUAGUGAAUGUAAUAUGUAUACUACUUUAGAAAAGCGAUUAGGUGCUGAUCAAUCAUCUUUUUUUCAUGAUGAAAUAAUUGAAACUUUAGUAAAAGAUAACAAUCCUAGUAUAAAUGAUGAUGAUAUGGUAUUUUCAGGUUUUUCCAUACCAUCAAAAGUUUUGUCUAGUUGUACAUAUGAUGAAUCGUGUUUAAAGAAUUGGUCAUCAUCUGCUUUAGCUUUACAACAAGGGUCGCCUUAUCAGUCUUUCGCAUGUUUUCGAGGAAGUUCUGCAAAUUUAAAUUUUGUUACUGAUAAUAAGGUUGUAAAUAAUGUUGUUAUUAGUGGUGAUGCUGCGAAUAAGCCGUCGUUCUUCUAUAGGAGAAAGUCUAAUAUUGUAGCUGAAAAUAAUGAGAAUUUAUCCUUGCUAUCAAGUAAUAGGAUGAAAAAUAUGAUAGCGCCUAUUGGUACAAAGUCUUCUAAUCUAUCAUUAUCGGUUGAUUCGUUAAAUCGUCAGAUUUUGGAUGUUACAGAUUCUGCAAAACCAUUGCAAUAUUGUUUUUCUGGUGAUAGAAAUUUAAAAAAUGAUAUAGAUAAUAAUUCUUUAAAAUAUGCUGAUUCUGGAGUUUCAAUAUCAUGGGAUAAUCGAAUAUGGGGAGAUGAUGUUAAAAAUCUUGGUAUAGCAUCUAGUAAUAAUGGACUUAGGCUAGACGUUUUGUGUUAA